AAAAUCACGUUCAGAAAUGGUGUCCAAAAAUUUGAAAUAAAACCGCUGCUUUUUAUUACAUGAAGAGAAAGAAAAUGCAAAAUACGUUGGUAGAGCAAAAUACAGGUGCUCAGCCUCUACCUGAAGAAACUCAUUUUCGAAGUUGUAUGGUAAUUGGAAAUCUACCUAAUUUUUUCAAUUUCGGUAAGUUCUUUACUCUUUUCAGCGACAUCAUAUAUUGGAAAAAUAUGCGGAAAAUUAUACCUGAUAUUUUCAACCCCCAGAAGAAGGCUGUUAUCUUUGUAUACGAUAACGAGGAAGUAACUCAAUUGUGUGCUUUUAAAGUAAAACGACUUGUUUCCCGAUUGAAUUUUACUCUGUAUGAUGGAGCAGCACUUUUUUAUCAGUGCAUGCAACUGGAAAAGGAAUGCGAUUUUAGGUCUCGAAGUGUAUUGGUAUCUGGAAUUGAUUGUAACAUCCCAAGAGAUAUGUAUUUUGAAUUGUUUAGAGCAUUCGGUACCAUAUGUUACUCUGAAUUCUGCAUAGAGGGCGAAAUUCCAAAGAUUCGCAUCGAAUAUACUAGAGCGACUUCCGCUCUUGCAGCAAUGCUCAGAUUACAAGGUGCACUACCCAAUGAUGCUCUCAUAACAAUCGAAAUUCCUCUAUUUCCUAUUUCUCCAGUUGGUAACAUUUCAAGAAGUGACAGUCUUAUGCAGGAAGACCAAAUAGAAUUGGCUGGGAAUUCUAAUAUAUCACUGCCUGUUUUACCAUCUACAAACGAAUUUCAACAAAAAUAUUUCAUGAUAUAUACCAUGAAUUAUAUACAAACAAAUGAGCCCUGUUUCGAAAAGUUUCCUGCUUUAAAUGAAAUAGGGAAUUUUCCAAGAGGUGAAAUCCAAAAUUAUUUACCAAAUGAAAUUUCAUCCGAAAUAUCUCUUAAUAGAAUGAAAGAAAAUCGAAAUUCUUUGCUUUCGACGCAUCGUAUGUUUGGUUCAUUUGACAAAAGUAAGGAAGACGUUUUUUGGAAGUUUUUAGCUCUGUGCCAGGAAAAUAAUAAAUUAUAAAAAAGGUACUGUAAAAUAUAUUUUUACAUAAAGUUUACUUCGAUAAUAAUAUCUACUUAGAAAGAAAUUUGAACCAACUGUUUUUCAUUUAGCAUUAUUAUAUUCUGAUUUAUUUCUUCGCAGAUUAUGACUUAUUGCUUGAGAAUAUUAUGAAUUAUGCUGCUCAUUGAUGAUCAUUUUAUAUGAAUUCUUUCUUUAUUGAAUAUUUUUAUUAUUUUUAUUAAACAAACUAUCCGCAUUAAAGAUUUUAAAAUAGGCAAUAUGCUAUUUAUGCCUUGCCAUGUACAUUCUAUUUUUGGUUAAUACCUUAUUAUGAAGCCAACUAAAUUAAGAAUUACCGACGUUUGAAAUUUGCAUGUUAAAGACUGGACAACUGUGUUUGCCAAUUUCGGGAAAAAAGCGCGACGGACAAUGGUGGCUGCCAUUUUAAUAAGGAAGUAUUUAGUUGCGUUGUAUUUUUAAAAAAUUCGAAUAUGUGAUUUCUUUUGCUUGUUCAAAAGAUAUAAUAACUUUGUACAGUCAUUUUUAUUUUAAUGUUUAUGUUAUUUUCAUUUUCAA